UUCGACCAUGCGGCAGGUCUUCGUCGCGCUGGGCUGCGGUCUCUUGCCGGUGCUCUCGGGCCGCUUCGUGGACUGGGCGGAACGGUGGCCGUGCCACAGCUCCCCCAACUGCGUCGAAGGCGGGGCACACUCGGGCUUCAACGUGGGCUGGAUGGCCCUGCCAGGCUCCGAGGUUUGGUUCGUCCCCCACGCGGGUACCCUCCGACACGGCCAGGCGAACAUCAUCGACAGGUUUCGGAAGGAGCUGGCGUCGAACCACUCCGUGUCGUUUCGUUUGACCCCCCGCCACGAGCGCGUGUUCCUGGGCCGGGACGACGUCGUAGUGUACAACGCCGGCCUGCACAAAAACGACCGGACCCGGCUCUACCAACAACUAGAUAACUUCGGACGCGAGCUCCUGGCCCAACGCGGGCGGCACUCGCUCCCGCGCUGGGUCUACGUGACCACCGUCACGCAGCACUUCGCCACGAGCGACGGGCAAUACUCGAACGGCCGGCGGUCCAAGCGGUGCCAGCCGUCGAUCCCUUCCAACCCGCGCCUCGAGAGCGAGCUCUCAGUACUCCGCGAAGGCGUCAACGUCGAUCGGAUCUUGAGGGUCGACGAUCUGGACGCGGGGGCAUUGCACGUGGGGGCCUACGACGGAUCUGAUUGCACGCACUACUGCAUGCCGGGGGUUCCAGAUGUCACGGCCCACCGGCUCCUGGAGCUGGUCCAUCCACAUGACUUACGCCGCCGCCGCCCAUCUAGGAGUCGGUCAUCGAGCUAA